AUGUCCAGUAUGUCGGUAAGCAAUUUGAUGUCAAGUAGCAUUUAUAACUAUAUCGACCAUGAGCUAGAGACCAUCGAAGACAAUUUAGAAAACACCGAAAGAGAAAUUGCUAAAAACUUGCAACCAGUGUACAAAAAGGUUCUUUUCCAUCCUUCACUACGGAAUUGGCUCAAAUGGGCUAUCUUGUUUCUGAUUUUUCGAGUGCAGAAUCCCGUACAAUGGGCAAACUUUUUAUCACUAAACAAACCAAUACGACAAAUUUUAACUCAUUACAAAUCACGAAUCAUCAAAUUACUUUCGUAUAUCAAAAGAUUUGAUUCAAAAACUCCGAAUUUACAAUUGUUUAUUCAAUACUUUUCCAACUUGAGCACUUGUGUGUUCCUAUAUUUGGCCUCGGUAAACAACGAUCUGGUACCCAAAGACUAUUUUGCUGUUGAUUUCCUAUCCACCUACUAUGGGAACUUGAAUCCACCACUGAAAUCACAAAUCCUUGUUACUCCGCGAUUUUCCAAAUAUUCUAAACUAUCGCAUUACAAAUCGAGUCGAUAUUACAAGCAAAUAAGAGCAAUAUAUGACCACAAGGAAUACAUAAUAUUCCCCAUUUUGUAUGCACAAUUGUUGAGCAAUUACCUCACACCAACUAAAUAUAAGCUUAAUCAGCGAUAUUUUUCACCAUUCAUCAAGCGCAAUUUCUUUAAUCCGAUAUGGAUCAACUUCUCAAUGGGAGUAAAUUACAAUCGUAUGGAUUGGUUCAAUUUGGCGUCAACUUAUGCGUUGCAAAACAUCGUGUUGUUAGUAGUGAUUGCAGCUUAUAAUUUCAAAGAAAAGAUUUUGGACAAGUUCUACGAAAUGAAACACGGCAAACGAUCCAAAGAUGAAGAAGUGCCCAUCCUCAAGAAUUUUGUUGUGUAUUGUGCACAUAGGUCGAAUUCAAUUUUGAACUUUAUUUAUUGUCCCAACUUGAUUUCGAUUUUACUCAUUGCAUUGACUGCAAGAGUGUUUAAGAUGCUCACGCCAUUGAGUGGUCAUUAUCAAGCAAACAUGUUACAAACAUACUAUUUGAGAAAUAAAAAAACUUUUUUCAAGACUUACACGAAAUUAAUUGGAUUUGUAGCUGGAUUUUUGACGCUCGGUUUGAACUCGUUCAAUCUUAUACCUGAUGUUGGGUAUACAAAGCCAAAUAAAAGGAAAGCUGAGGAUGGCUAUAAUGUUUCCGAUGAUGAUUACGAUGCUUACGACAAUGAUUAUUAUGAUGAUGAUGAUGAUGAUGAUGAUGAUGUUGAUGAUGAUAAGGUUGACAACCACAACCGUUAUUUCAAUAAAGUAAAUGAGGAGAGAAAGAAAGAUGCUACAAACCCACCAUUGAGGUUAAUAUCCAAAGAAUUUUUGUCCAGUCUUGACUUGUACUUGUUUCAAGUAAUUCUUCUCUCCAAAUGGAGAAUCAUCAAAUCUUUCCACCCCUUUUUCAGCAAGGUAAAACUCAAGACAUACAACAGGAUAGAGACGAUAUUGAUGUGCUUUGGGUUUUUCAAGUACAUGAACCUAAACGAUUUCAUUAAUAAGACAAAAAUGGCUGAUGACCGGGAGAGAAUCGCUGGCGAUUACACCAUCAAAGCUGCAAACUAUGUAACUUGA